AUGGAUUUUGAAAACGCGACUGGGCCGGGCUUGGAGGUAGUCUCGACAGACGGCGCCAACAUGAACGAUACAAAGACAAACCUGGUGACGGUGAUCUGGGGUGUCAACCUCACGGCCUUCGUCCUAGUCGGCCUCCUCGUGCCCCUGCGCGUCAUUGUCCGCUGCACCAUUACAAGGAACUUCUUCAGCGACGACGUGCUGGUCAUAAUCGCGGCGCUCUUCACUUUUGGGAUCUGCUCGUUGCUCCCUAUCGCGACGGAUCUCGGCCUCGGCCAGCACUCUCAGGACAUCGACGCCGAACUCUUGCCUGACAACACAAAGAGCCUUCUUCAGCUCAUCUUCAUCGCCAACAUCCUUUACCCCUGCGCCAUCGCGUUCACGAGGUUGUCGGCGAUAUGCUCGUUCCUCCGGCUCAUCACGGAAAGGACGGCACGGUGGCUGUUGUUCGCGGCAGCGGCUCUGACUAGCGCUUUUGCCGUCUCUUCCGUCUUCGCCGUCGUCUUCCAGUGCAGACCCGUCUCGGCCGCCUGGGACUCGAGCACAAGCGGCGCCUCAUGUUUUCCCUUUCUCGAUUUCCUCCACGCCAGCACGGCCAUCGGGAUCGGCAUCGAUGCGCUGUUGUGCACCGCACCCCUGGUCUAUUUCUGGCGGAUGGAAAUUCCGCUGCGGAAAAAAGUCCAGGUGACGGUCCUCCUCGCCUUUGCCGGGCUUUCUUGUGCUGCGGCUGUCAUCAAGAUUGUGAACCUGCACCUCCUCAACCAAGGUGACAUAACGUACAACUGGACGUCAUGGGUGCUGUUCUCCAUCGCCGAGUGUACAGUGGGCAUCAUAGCCAUCUCGAUACCCCCGAUCCUCCCCCUCUUUACCAAAUGCUCUCGGCACAGAAAGCACGGCGUCUCGCUCCCGCGGGGAGGGGGGGGCUCGCUCCGCUUCACAUCCAUGCCUGAAAAGCCCAUCUUCAACCGUGCCAUCGCGCCCCGAGUCAUCAAGCCGAUGGCGACGCCCUGGAAGGACCGGCCGCUCGAGAAGACGGCGAACCCAGACUUCAAACCCGACUUCCAGUGGCUCAGGCUGGAGCACGCAGAAGCGACGAACCUGUGCUGGGAUAGGGCGACCCAGUCGACGAAGGCGAACCAGAUCCUCGGCAUAGCGUUGUGA